AUGAGAAAUCUUCACACACUUUCUCUGGUCUGGACCAACAAGAACACAUUUGAGCAUGCCUAUACAUCAGACUACAAGUGGUUUGUUCGCACUUUCAUAUCUGAGCUCUCCGGUAUCAGCAGCCUCCAGCAUCUCUAUAUGGAUGGGAUCUGUUUUCUCAGUGACAACAUGAAACACUUGCUCAGGAACCUGAAGAAUCACCUGGAAACCUUCUCUGUCACUCACUGCAAGCUGUUUCGGUCAGACUUGUAUCAUUUGUCCCAGUGUUGGUGUCUCUGUCAACUAAAACAUCUGGACAUGAGUGGAGUCCUACUGUCCAAUUUCUGUCUGAUGCCUCUCAGGGUUCUCCUGCAGAAAGUGGCAGACUCCCUUGAGACUCUGGAAUUGGAGGGGUGUGGGAUAAAGGACUCUCAGCUCAGUGUCCUCCUCCCUGCCCUCAGCCAAUUCCCCAAGCUCACAAAGGUCAAUUUCUAUAGCAAUGACUUCUACAUGAAUGUCUUGAGUGACCUUCUCCACCACACAGCCAACUUGAGCAACAUGGCCAUGGAGCAGUACCCUGCCCCUCAGGAGUGCUAUGAGCUGGGUCUGGUCUCCAUAGAGAGAUUUGAACAAUUUUGCCCUGUGCUCAUGGAUACCCUCAAGGCCAUAAGGCAGCCCAAGAGCAUCUCUGCUACAGAUGUCUGCAGUAGAUGUUCUAAGCGCUGUGUGUAUGAGCAGGAGACCAGGCUUUGUUCUUGCUUGCAGUAA